UGCUCCUGCUUGUUGGUAAGAUCUAGUAUGUGUGACCUUAACGGUGAGCGGUGUCACUACACUAUUAAGUGCACCUCUUAUGGUACAAAAUCCAUUCACAGAGUGCUGGUUUCAAACCGCGAGUAGUAUAAAUUGGGUCUGCAUUGCCACACAGUCUUCAUUUUCAAUGCGUUAAGGCAAUGGCUUCCACGCAACCUAUUCUGCACCUACCCCGAGAAUUGCUGUGCAAUAUCACUGAAUACCUGGAGUUCUACGACCGAGAGAGGUUCGCGUCGACAUGUAGACACAUCUGGAACACUAUCGCACCCGUCACAGAGGACGAGCUGCUCCGUGCCGAGGCAGAAGAAUUUUCGACAUCGAAGAACCUGUUCGCCUGCACCGGAUGUUCCCGCUUGCGCACGAUGCUUCAAUUCACAGAUGCCAUGAGGAAAGGCAAACAGGCGCGACAUGGAAUUGAAGCACGCACACGCCGCUGUCUUGAAUGUGGUGUCGAAGCUGGCCUUUACAAGAUCAAUGACGAGGUGAUGAUCAUGGGCCGUACUCACCGUGUUUGUUCCUCUUGCAAAAUGUUCGCAGGGUUUGUGAACAACAACGGCAUGUGCAUUACUUGCAAGGAUGACACAACGAAAAGUCAGACAUAUAGGCGUGGGUCCGGAAGUGGGCGUAUGGUACAUGAUGUGGAAUUCGAUUGCUCCUGUUCAAACGGGACUUGUUCACGUUACGACAAUUUGGAGGGCUGCCACGGAUGAAGCAACGUGUAAAUCCAUUCAUCUUCGUUGGAAUUUCUGGACGACUUUACGGACAUCCUUACAGAAAUAACACACUUUUCCCCGCCACCUUAUCGUUCUCUUCACCGGGUGC